GGGAUUCAGGCGACUAUUAACGUAAGGAUUGGCAACUUGGACCGUUCACAGCCAUGAAGACCCCAGAGAAACGAUGCCGGGGGUAUGCGUGGGGAUAGAGCAGCAAAUGGAUGGCAAAAAGUCCACGCAGCCCCUCGCCCGAGAGAAAGCUUUUCUCCACCAAAACACGCCCUCUUAAGCUGCCAUCGUCUAAGCAGCACACUAAAUUAAUUGCACUAAUUAACGACCUUAAACGACCAUGACUCCUGCUUCCCCAGAGUCUGCGACUAAGCUCCCGGACGCUCAGGAGUCGCCUCCCAAUUCCUCGCCCAUCGAGCCGGAGCCGGAGCCCGAGGCCGAGACUGCGCAAGUGGCGACUCGCGACUACAACGACGACGACGACGCCGCCAAUGAAGACGCCGACUCGGCCAUCGGCGCCGACAGCAUCCUUUCCUCCACCGCCUCUCUCACCGAGAGCAUCCUCCAGUACCGCCAGCUGCACGGGCGGACCUACCAGAGCACCAAAACGACCGAGUACUGGGCCCCGAACGACGACCAGCAAAACGACGGCCUCGACAUCAUCCACCACGCCCUCCUGCGGCUGUUCGACGACCGGCUCGUCCUGGCCCCGAUCGGGGCCCAUCCGCAGCGCGUGCUGGAUCUCGGCACGGGAACCGGCGUAUGGGCGACCGAUUUCGGCGACCAGUUCCCCGGCGCCGAGGUCACGGGGACCGACAUCAGCCCCAUCCAGCCGACUUGGGUGGCGCCCAACGUCAAGUUCGUCAUCGACGACUUUCUGCUGGAGUGGACCUGGCCCGAGGACCAUUUCGACUUGAUCCACAUGCGCGCGCUCUACGGCGUCAUCCCGGACCUGGAGGACCUCUACGCCAAGGUCCUCCGCCGCCUGCGCCCCGGAAGCGGCUGGGUGCAGCACGUCGAGAUGGAGGUCAAGAUCGAGUCGGAUCACGUGCGGUUCCCCGAGGACCACAUCUUCAACCGGUGGGCCGCGCUGCUGUACCAGGCCGGCGAGAAGAUGGGCCGGUCGUUCGCCCUCGCGCAGGGCCACACCAUGAAGGAGGCGAUGGAGAGGGCGGGGUUCGUCGACGUGGCGGAGCAGAAAUGCAAGGCGCCGCUGCAUUCCUGGCCCAAGGACCCGAGAUUGAAGGAGGCCGGGUUGUACCUCCAGGCGGCCUUCGACCAGAGCGUCGAGGGCUUUGGAAUGUUCCUCUUCACCCAGGUGUUGGGGAUGGACCGCGAUGCCGCGUUGGUGCUCGCCGCUGAGAUGCGGAGGGAGACGCGGAAGAAGUCGAAUUAUCACUGGUUCGAGGUGACGGCGGUGUAUGGACGGAAGCCAUAGCUCGAAUGGACACGCAGAUCACGAUCAAUGCAUAGCAUAUUUUUAUUUUUAAUGGGGCAAUCGUCAAAUCCCAUGCGUCCAAUCUAUUCUCUCUCUCUCUUUUCUUUUCUCCAUUUUUUAUGUAUACCCUUUUUUCCCCUUUUUCCCCUUUUUCCCCUUUUUCCCCUUUUUCCCCCUUUUCCCCUUUUCCCCCUAUUCCCCCUUUUUUCCUUCUUCCUUCCCUCCUCCAGCAUUCCAGCCCGAGAUGGCUAGUCUUGAAACUACACCAGCCUCCUUUAUACGAGACUCACACGAUCAAUCGGUACCGAUUAAAUUGGUUCCCCCAUUGCGAAGGCCGGUUCAAAAGACAUCAUCUACAGUAUACUAACGCUUCCGUAAAAUGAGACACGCGCGAAGACCAGAUGCAGCGGAUGGAAAAGCGAGCUGGUCAUGCCGUUGAACUGCAAACGCCAUUUGAGGUCCAG